AUGUCGUGUCCGUACCCGCCGGGCGCCUGCCCCAACCCCUGCCAGACCUGCUGCAACCCCUGCUACCCUUGUUGGCCGUGCGCCCCCUGCCCCUGUCCCUGUCCCGAGAAACUGGCCAUACCGUACGCCUUUCCCGACUUGCCGAAAUCGCGCGGCAGGCGAUCGAAGAAGCAGAAGAAGAUGCACAAGAUCACGUCGACGACGAAGAUCAAUUUCGCCGACAUAUCGCUGGGGAAGCCGUGCAGGGUGUGCAAAAAUUGCACGUGUUGUUGCCCCAAGCUGGUGCCGCCCUGCUUCGUGGGCGGCUGUCGCACGUGCAACUAUCACGGGCCGCCCUGCCCGCCGGCCAUGCCGCCCCCGAAUUGUGCUUGUACCAAGUAA